UCUCCAAAGAGAAGCAGUUAGAGAAGGAAGCACAGAGGACAUCAUGAUUACGGAAAAAUUCCCAAAUACAGCUCACGGAUCUUCCUGUUUUGAGCACUGCAGGCCUCCGGGACAGGGCGCGUCGAGCACACCGACCUCUGCUACGGUUAGCCGCAUCUUGAGAGCAGGCGCUGUGGUUCUUAUCGUCGGCGCCGUCCUAACGUUGUGUGCGUCAGUGGCUGCUCUCUACCUGUGGAAAGUCAGCGAUAAAAACGUUUAUAAUGUUCGUUACAGUGUGAACAUCAACGGGGAGGUGAGGGAGGGCUCCAUGGAAAUUGAUUCUGACAACAAUCUGGAGAGAUUUAAAACUGGGACCGGAGCGGAGGAAGCUGUGGAGAUUCAUGACUUUCAAAUCGGAAUAACCGGAAUCCGCUUCUUUGGAGGAGACAAGUGCUAUAUAAAAUCCCAAAUCAAAGCCAGCCUUCCACACAUGGGAGUUCACAACAAAGAGACGCUGAUGUUAGACUUGACAGAAGAAUUACCGCCAGUGAGGUUUGAUGAGGAGUUCCUCAUAUGGGUGGCAGCGGAGCAGCCUUUGACGGAGACCAAGUUUCUGAGUAAAAAAAUUCUGGAUCUUUGCGGGAAACUUCCUAUUUACUGGCUCCAACCUGUAUAUUCUAAAGAUGGGGAGAGGAAAAAGAGAGACGUGAGGCAAGCCGAACGGCAGCUCGGCACGGAGGAGUCGGAGGCAGCUGCUGGGGAGAGGGACCCGUUGAGUCACGCGGAGCCUGCCACCUCCACCGCCGCGGCGGAAGAAGAGGAGGGGUCACAUUCGGCCGCGGGGUCAGCUUUCAAUCCUGAAAACCCCUACCACCGCGGCAGAGGGACCACGGAGGAGGGCGCCAUGACCUUUGACACCAUGUUAGACCACCAGGGAAUCUGCUGCUCUGAAUGCCAACGCAGCUACACUCACUGUCAGAGAAUAUGCGAGCCUCUCCGCGGCUACUGGCCUUGGCCUUACAACUACAGAGGGUGCCAGGUAGCUUGUCGGGUCAUUAUGCCCUGUCGCUGGUGGGUGGCACGCAUUCUGGGUGUUGUGUAAAGCAAACACGCUACUUUUCUGAAAGGUCUCCAGCUUCUGUUCAGAUAGGAUUUAUUUUCUAAAAGCUUUGCCUCUUAAUGCGAUAUGCACAUUGCGGAAUAUGAUUAUUGACAGCGCAACAACUAACUUUAGACGCACACUCCUUUUCACACAUUAAUAAUCUCAUACAUGCAUGUUCUUGUUUGGAGCUCACAAAUGAGCACAUUCAUUUUCCUGCCAUGCGAUACCGAGGCUUUAUGCGCUGUACGAUGUUUAAUGGAAGGUAUGGGACUGAAUCCAAAGGCGCAGCAGAUGAUGUACCUUUUUUUUUUUUUUCUGCCUGAACAGGCUUCAAUAAAUUCUAAUUACAGUA